UUUAGUUGAAGAUUCACAUCGCAAAUUUUGUAUGUUUUGCUUUCGGAAGCAGAAAGUAUCGUUCUGUCUAUUUAUAUAACUCAUCUUUAUGCCAGGAACAUUGAAAUGUGAUUUAUCUACAGCUACACGUUCUGUGAGAGACGUCAAGAGAACAUGCUAUAACUCCUGCAGUUUAGCGAAUUUUUAAAACGAUGUCUCACAGCACAUACAAUAAACUCUGGUGUGAUGCUCACGAGGAGCUUAGCUGUUUGCUAGCCCAAGAACUCCCAGCGGAACCACUCAGGCCCGAGAGAGACCGAGUGGUGUUCUUCCAAAGACUCGCCACCCUCUAUGUCUGCUAUGUUCAGAUUUUCAGGCAGCUAGAAGAGGCCUAUGACCAAAUUGUUCACCCCCAGAAGAGGCGAGUGAUUCGACAGGUGCUGGAUGGUGUGAUGGGCCGUGUUCUGGAGCUAAAGAAUGAAAUGGUGGAAAAGGAAUUUUCAGAGUACCACUAUAUGGAUGAUGUCAUCCAAGACCUGAAAUUAUCUCCUGAGGACCUUGAGAUUCCAAUCCCCAGGUAUUUCAUUUGUGAGCGGAACAAAGUGCUUCAGGACAGAGAAAGAAUGUUUGCAACUGUAUUAAACCAAAUGGAGGCAAUAGAAAAACCAGAACCUCCUGUAGAGCGUAAGCUGACACUGGAGAGAGCCAUUAAAAUCAUCCAGGUGGCAGAAAGAGCACGGCAAGGUCGACUAAGGGCCAAGUUCAUGAAAGAGAUCCAUAAAGAUUCAGAGAGACAGAAGAAAGCUAAGGAAGAAGAGGCAGUUACCACUGACCAGGCUGCAGUUUGUAUCCAGAAGGUCUGGAGAGGCUUCACUCAAAGGAAAAUUACAAAAAGGCUGCGUGAGGAGGAAAUGAUAUUUCUUGGAAUGGCCAUGGAUCCAAAACUGUCCUAUCCAUCCCCAUCUGAGCUGGUAGUCCAGAACAAUGAGACCAGCAAGCGGACCAGGCAAGGCGAACAUGAGGAUGACUAUCUGAAGUCCAUCAGCUCUGUUGUAUUUCAGCUCAGGGAAGUGGAGGGCCCUGAAAUGAAGGAGGCCAUGAAAGAUCAGAUCCGACAGUGGUUCAUUGAGUGUCGUGAUGCAACAGGUUCAUUUCCUGACUACCCAGAAGAGGAGGAUGGAGGUUCAGCUCUUAUAUUUGCUGAUAAAACACCUGAGCAGCUGGCAGAGGAGCUGGCAGCAAAGGAGGAGGAAGACGGCAACAAAAAGCAGAAAGGAAAGGAGGAGAAAGGAAAAAAGGACAAAGGAAAAACCAUAGAGGAGGAGGAAGAACCUGGACUGAAGAUGCUACCAUCUGCCUACUUGAAAGAUCUUGAGAGAGGACACAAAACAUUUUCUGAAGUUUGGCGAAACAGAAACGAGUCCAAGAAUUUUAGUCAAAGACAUGAGAUGGAGCUGAUAAAGGAGGAGAAAAGAAAAGAGAUUGAGGUGGAAAUAAGGAAACAGGUGGAUGAGUUGAUGAGACAGGAGCUGGCUAAUUGGAAACUGGCUGUGGAUAAGGAAAAAAGCGGAAAGACCAAGGGUGCCGCAAAAAAAAAGAAGGCAUCUAAAAGUGGAAAGAAAAAGAAGAAGGACAAAGAUCUUACAGCUGAUAGGACUAUCGAGUCACUGUUUGAAGAGCUGGUUGAACAGGAAUUGCUGAAAAAGGCAGAUAAUGUUAAACUAAAAGAUUAUCUAGGGGACUAUAGCUACCUCGGCACAACUCUACGACAGUCCGACAUUGAGCCUAUGCCAUCUUUAUCAGACGUUCGGCAAGUUGUAGCCCUAUAUGCUGUCUUACCAUUAGGUUCCCAGGCAGUUCAUGAAAAGGCUCCCCCGGUCAAGGCUAUCCUGCUAGUGGGGCCGUCAGGAGUGGGCAAGAAAAUGUUGGUCCAUGCCAUCUGCCAGGAGACUGGAGCCAACCUGUUUGACCUUUCACCUUUAAAUGUGGCUGGAAAAUACCCUGGCAAGAGUGGACUGCAGAUGAUGCUACAUAUGGUGUUUAAGGUAGCCCGACUGAUGCAGCCAUCUGUAGUAUGGAUUGGAGAGGCUGAAAAGAUGUUUUACAAAAAAGUACCAAAAGAUGAGAAGGAGUUAGAUCCCAAGCGUCUGAAGAAGGAUUUGCCCAAGAUCCUCAAGUCCAUCAGAGGGGAAGAUUGUGUUCUAAUAGUGGGAACUACAAGUGAUCCACACAGUGCAGAACUAAAAUCCUUUUGCAAAUUCUACACUAAGAUCAUCCUCAUACCUCGACCAGACUAUGCAUCCAGAUAUGUAAUGUGGAAAGAGCUGAUAAAAAAGAAUGGAGGAGAAGUGACCAAUGAUCUGGAUCUCAGCUCUUUGGCAAAGAUCUCUGAUGGCUACACACAGGGUCACAUGGUACAGGUUGUGCAUAGGAUCUUGACUGUACGGCGCAUUCAGCAGCUUGCUAAACGACCGCUAACUGCCUCAGAAUUUGUGUCUCCACUUGCUAGGAUCGAUCCUGUGUUUCAGGAAGAGGAAGAGGCCCUAAAAAAUUGGUAUGCCAAGACUCCCCUUGGAAAGAAGAGAGUUAAAGCUGCCUCAGGGAAAGAAGGUGAUGAAGAGGACCCAAAAAAGGGAGGCAAAGGUGGCAAGAAGAAAGGAAAAAAGUAGCAAUAUAAGUAUUAAUGUGACCAACCACAAUUGUACAUUUCCCUGUCUUUAACAAUAAAUGUAUUUGUUUGCUUAUGUUUCAUUCCCUUUAACUGGCUAUCAUUAUCUUAUGAUAGUAUGCAAAUUUUUGUCCAAGUAGUAUUUGGUGCUCUGUCCUGUGUUAAAAUAAAAUCCAUUAGUGAACCUUC